AUGAUUGGCUUCGCAACUGUUUCUUUCACUUAUCCGCACUUAUCUCGUUUCAGGGGUUCGCGGGGCUCAGCACUGCGCAUCGAGUUCAUUAAAGGGAAUGUAAGCAUCGAUGGGAAGUAUCAGAAUAACGUGGCAGAUGGCGACAGGGCUCUCAUAGCUCUCAAUCGUAUAUUCAGUACUGGUACUAUGACUGUGUCUGGCGAGUACUACAACAAUACGUGCGCUAAAGGCGCAUCGAUUAUAGAUUGUAUUAGUUCUUUUGCUGGGAAGCUAGUUAUAGAUGAUUCAACAAUCUUCGAGGAUAAUCUUAGCAUUAGAUACCCAGACCGAGCGAUUUGGUUAGAAAUAGAGGAUCUGGAGGAUGGUACUGUAUACAAAGAUAUCAUCUACAGUGAGGCUGAGCUACAAGAGCUGACGGCUGAUUUGAUUAUCACUCCAGAAUACACAGUCGACACCUAGGGCUAUGGAUGAAGCAAGUUAGUAACAGCAAGCACGAUGGAAAGCCACACCGUUGCAAUAUCAUUGACUUCAGUGUUGGCGACUAAAGGAACGGAAUCGACAAUCAUAUCGAUGUCGAUGGCUGCAGAUAUAUAAAUAAAACCGAAUUUUGCGUCCAGAGAGACUUCGUUCGACGAGGUGGACACUGUCGUGAUUGAUGAA